ACUCAGGAAUGUCCCUUUAACGCAAAACUUCACACAAACCAAGAAGCGGAUCACCAUAGAAAGGCGGAUGUUAUAAAAGAAGAAGUAUGGCGGCGUUUUGGUUUUUAGCCGGCGCCGUCACAUGUUUUAAAGCAUUGUUAUUACCUACAUACAGAUCAACAGAUUUUGAAGUUCACCGAAACUGGCUUGCUAUAACUCACAGUUUAGAAUUAAAGGACUGGUAUGUGGAGAAAACCUCUCAAUGGACACUUGACUACCCUCCGCUGUUUGCAUGGUUUGAGUACUUCCUGUCCCAGGUGGCCGUGUACUUUGACCCGGAGAUGUUGGUCAUUUCCAACCUCAACUACAGCAGUGAUGCCACCAUUCUCUUCCAGUGGCUGUCCGUCAUUGUCUCGGAUUUCGUCUUCAUUUACGCCACUUACCGGUUUUGUACACAGUGUGUUAAGUUAAAGAAGAAGGAUGAAGACGGAGAUAUAUUUGGAAGUCACGCUCUGAUUCUCGCUGUACUCCUCAUCGGCAAUUUUGGCUUGCUCAUUGUUGAUCAUAUUCAUUUUCAGUAUAAUGGAUUUCUUAUGGGUGUUAUGUUGUUAUCUAUUGUCAGAAUAUAUGAGGGACGGCUUGUAUCGGGAGCCUUCUGGUUUGCCAUCUUACUGAACUUGAAGCAUAUCUACCUGUACAUAGCACCUGCCUACUUCGUUUACCUGCUCAGGUGUCACUGCUUCAACAACUCACCUGAUGGACGAAUUCAGUGGAAAUCAUUUUCCAUUAAAAAAUUUACUCAGCUUGCUUUCGUUGUUCUCUUUGUCUUUGGAGUUUCCUUCGGACCAUUCAUAUAUCUUGGUCAGCUACCUCAGGUUUUAUCUCGGCUGUUUCCUUUUAAACGUGGACUGUGUCACGCCUACUGGGCACCCAACAUCUGGGCUCUGUACAACGUGGCCGACAAAGCAGCCACUGUAGCAGGAGUCCGAAUGAAAUUGUUGAAUUCCACAAGUACUGCCUCCAUGACAGGUGGUUUGGUUCAAGUUUUUAACCACACCGUCCUCCCAUCCAUUUCACCGCAAGUUACUGUGGUAUUCACAGCGGCUGCCAUGUUGCCUUCUCUUAUUCACCUGUGGUUUAACACAAAGGGUCCGCAGAGUUUAGUCCGGUGUAUUGUACUGUGUGGUCUGGCAUCAUUUAUAUUUGGCUGGCACGUUCAUGAAAAGGCAAUACUUUUAACAAUCAUUCCAUUUACACUCCUCAUUGCAGGGAAAAAGCGAGACGCACAGCUGUUUUUAAUCUUGUCCACAGUUGGCCAUUAUUCAUUGUUUCCGCUCAUCUUCACGCAGUUUGAAAAUCCCAUUAAACUAUUGUUGAUGAUUGUGUUCAGCAUCUAUGCAUUCUCAAGCUUAGGAAAUAUACAUGGAAUAACAUGGAGGCCUCUCAAGCUACCGUUGCUGUCUACACUGGAGACGCUAUACGUGGCUGGCAUUGUCAUCCUAGAAUGUUAUAACAGUGCUGUGCACUACGCGCUAGGACUCAACCGCAAAGUUCCAUUCCUGCCCUUGCUGCUUACCUCGGUGUAUUGCUCUGUAGGCAUUUUAUACUGCUGGGUCCGCUUUUACUGGAUUACGUUGAAAGAUAAAAUAAAGAAACACAAAACAACGUAACAGAUGAGGAAUAAAUAUUUCCUAUCUUA